UUAUAUCUCCUCAUGUACAUCUCAAAUUGCUGUGUUUGAAGUUUAAAAUAACGCCCGACUCAGUGACAGAGGGAGAAAUGGUGACACUGACCUGUGAAAACAACUGCCCUUACAGUUACGGAAGCAGCAUUGACUUCCGCAAAAACGGACAACGUCUAUCUAACCAUAACCCAAACAAGUUCAGAGCCAGGAGUGAACAUGCAGGAAACUACUCCUGUGGUCAAAGCAAUAAUCUGCAUUUCUCUUCCAAUGUGGUGUUUCUCCGAGUGCAAUAUCCUCCUCAGGGCACCACAGUGUCAGUCUCUGGUGAAAUAGUGGAGGGCAGUUCAGUGGCACUGACCUGCAGCAGCGAUGCCAACCCACCAGUGAACAGAUACACCUGGUUGAAGGGGAAUAGAACUGUAUCCUCAGAGACAGGAGGACCAGAGGCGCGCUACACCAUUAAAUACAUCACACAGCAGGAUGCUGGAGAGUACUACUGUGAGGCAGGGAAUUGGAUUGAGACACACAGAUCUCCUCCAAAAUUUCUCGAUGUGCAGUAUUCUCCCAAGAACACCUCAGUAUCAGUGAGCCCCUCUGGUGAAAUAGUGGAGGGCAGUUCAGUGACUCUGACCUGCAGCAGCGAUGCCGACCCACCAGUGCAGAACUACACCUGGUUUAAGAAGAAUGAAACUGGAGUCUGGCAGGCCGGAUCAGGACAGAGUCUGAACUUUUCUAACUUUAGAUCCUGGAACAGUGGACAGUACUACUGUGUGUCAGAGAACAAACAUGGAGCUCAGAACUCUACUGCUCUACUGGCCACAGUGCAAGAACCAUCGUGGCACAGUGUACAGACCUUCUGCCUGGCACAGAGCACACACGGAGCUCAUACUUCCAAGGCAGUCAAUAUGGAAGGGGAUUGGACAGAACUUGUGUGUGCAGUUGUUGGAAGCAUAGUGACGCUUGCACUCAUUUCUGUUAUUGUGUGGACGAAAUCUCAUUAGACCCAGCUCCUGGUCCAUUAUACCCAGCUCCUGGUCCAAGCGAUGGUUCUGUCCCGCCUGGACUACUGCAAUUCCCUCUUGGCUGGCCUCCCAGCAUCUGCCAUCAGACCAUUUCAACUCAUCCAGAAUGCCGCAGCUCGUCUGGUCUUCAACCUUCCCAAAUACUCACACGUCACCCCCCUGCUUACUUCCCUCCACUGGCUGCCUGUCAUGGCUCGCAUCAAAUUCAAAACAUCGGUGCUAGCCUUCCAAGCAGUUAAGGGGUCUUCCCCAGCUUAUCUACAAAAAAUCAUCAGACCCUACACCCCUGCCAGACCUCUUCGUUCAGCCUCCACAGGCCGCUUGGCACCUCCCCCUCUCCGAACCUCCACCUCACGCUCACGACGACUGUCUGUUCUGGCUCCACGGUGGUGGAACGAACUCCCCGUUGAGGUCAGAACUGUAGAAACUCUCCCCACCUUCAAGCGCAAGCUGAAGACACACCUCUUCAAGCAGCACCUCUCCCCAUCUCUCCCUACCUCCCU